UUGGUCACUGGUCAGUGUUCUGUCAAGCAAGAGUCAAGUGACAAGACUUGUCAGUCGCAAUUUUACUCGUUUAUAUGUAAAACGUAUUUGGGUAUUGAUGUGUACUUCUAAUGAGUGUAAAUACGUAAAACUAAUUUGAAAAAUGUACAUAUAUCAAUUACCAUUUGAGAUAAACAGAGAGCUGUGCAGAAUAUUAGACCACUCUGACUAUUGGGAAGAGCUGGCAGGCAAUCAUAUGAAAUAUUCACCGCUGGAUGUAAUCGAAAUAAAACAAACCGCCCGUAAAAAUGACUUAUCACCAACUGAAAUGUUACUGACGCGCUGGGGUCAACUGAACCACAAGGUUGAAGAAUUGUUCUUGCUGUUGUACCACAUGGAGCAUGUGCCUGCUCUACGCUGUCUGUCAUCUUUGGUUGACAGCAGAUUUGUGAAACUGAUGAGGAAACUUGAAAGAAAAAAAGGCAUUACAAACAGCAAGAAUAAUGGAAGUAACGAAAAUGGCAAUAAACACAGCACGGUGAAAGCCGACGGUACCUGCAGUUCGAUACCCCUACCGGUUGUACUCAUCGAUCAGGGCGUGCAUGUCUCGAGUCACGGACACGCGGGCAAUUCGCCCUCCAUCGAAUCGAGCACGGACACAAGUCGAAACACGUCAUCGACACAAGAUGGAAACGACGACGAUGAAAUCAUAAAGAACGUGUCCGCCAUACCGAGAAUGA